UGUCAAUUUACGGCGAAACCACAGGGAAGGGUUUUUGAAUUUUUGAAUGAAAAUUAAGUUGAGUUUGUAGCAUACGUCCUGUAACGUUAUACGAGUAACUGGAGCGUGAAGGAACCUGUGCUACUACUGACAUGGAAUAUGAGACUUAGUUCAUUACUAGCUAAUGAUCAGUAAACAGGUUUUACAAAUAAAUGAUGACUGACUGCAUUUGGAGCGAAGUUUUUGAUAAUAAUUCAAGAAGAAUUCUAGAAAAUGGCAAUGCUAUUAUUGCCACCAUUUCAGCACUUCUAAGUGCUUGGUUUACGGUGACUAUUUUUUUCAGUAAUUUAAAAUCGGAUUUGAGCUAUCGUAACCUCGGAUUUUUUGCAUCGGCGUCAUUUCUGAGGUCUACCGUUCACGUCUUAACAUAUUUGCUGCUGCCUCAAUACAAGGAAAGAUACACCCAUGAAAAUCCAUGUAAUUUUCUUGGAUUUUGGGAGUCGUUCUUGUCGGUUUACGAGGUGGAGUGUCUCACUCAUGUAUGUAUAGAGCGCUAUGUCGUAGCCAAGUAUAUUGUUAAUGGAUGGGAUAUACAAAGGAACCACUACGGCCUGUAUCAAUUUCUGUGCGUGAUGUUUGCUGCGGCAUACUCAACACCUCCCCUACUGGGAAUAGGCAAAUUCGCUUCGGACUUUUCCUGUAACAACUGCAUUUUGGAUAUGGUCCUCUCGGAUACAUGGGAUAGUUACGUAGUGGUUAUUAUUUAUUUGCUCCGGAGUAUAAAAUCUACGGGAUUUAUGAUCAUGAUGUUGAUUUGGGCUCAUCAACGAGAGGCGAGGUUUAAUAGUACCAAAAAUUAUGCAAGCGUCUCUAAGUUUACUAAGAAUGUCACCAAAAUUAUCAUAUUAAACCUCUCUCUGUGGCUGCCUAUAACAGUAAUAAGAGGAUGGGUGAUAUUUUCUUCUUUGACUUACAACCAGCUACUACAGUUGGUGCCGACUUCGUUUUGGAUACAGUGGGCCAUGUGGACACAGUCGGUCUCGCCUGCAUUGACGGCUCUCAUAAUGUUUUAUUUGGACGACACACUGCGGUACAAAAUGAAAACCAUAUUUUUCUCUAGCGGCAGUCAAACAGAAAGAAAAAAAGAUAAAUAGUGUCUAUUUAAAAAAAAGUGAAAUAUUUUUGUAACUUUUUUAUUAAUUUAUAGAUGAUUGUUUAUACCUGCGCUAUUUUGAGCUACAAUGUAGGAUUAAAUCGUUGGAUAAUUUGAUCUGAUUGGAAAUAUGGGCUUCAGCUUUAUGUUUUUU